AUGUUCUCCGUCCUCAUCCUCCUCUGUGGUUUUUCGAUCACAUUCUCACUAGGAACUCCCGUAAAUCAACAUGCCAGUGAGUCAAUUGACGAUGUCACCAAUGUAUCUCCUGUCCGGCUUCCUUUGAGGGACAUCGAGGGAAACCGUCAGCCAUUCGCAAUUAAAUCACUCUCCGCAGAGUUAGAGAAGAAGCAUGCCGUCCUCUCCGACAAAGGUCCAUCUGAGGCGGGUAAGGUUUUAAUUCUAGUUUAA